CGAACCAAUACCACAUGCGACGGUUGCACAUACGGUCGUAUUAAUAUAGAGGAGCAUCUUGCACAAAGAUGUCAGGACGUCGAGCGUCAGGCCGACGUAAGUUGCCGUGCGUGCUGAUGUCCUCGUCCUCGAAGAUGUUGCUGCGCUCCUUUGCUAUUGCUUCCGGCGGGGCAAAAAUCUUCACGUCGUUGAACCUCCUCGCGACUGCAGCAGAGCAACAAGACCGGAAGUUGAAACAACAUCAAGCGCCACCUACUGCUUCAAGAACAGCACCAACAACUUCCGCCAAGAGCGUUGAUGUCGUCGACCAGACCUCCGGGUCGUUAUUUUCGCUUCUCUUCGGCACAGCAGACCAUGUUGCAGACUACGAAGAUAGUUUGCUGCAAAUGGAGCUGCAGAAGGACCAGACAAAGAAGAAUGCGGCCGCAAGAACAACUCCGGAACAAGGGGAUGAAGAUCAACAUCAAGAUGAACGAAAGCAAAAGCUCCGUAAGCUGCAGACCAUCACGCGCGCCGGCCCCGGCGCUCUGCCCGUGGAGAAGAUCGAGGCCACGUACAUGCAAAACCUGCUCCAGUGCCACGAGUAUUCGCCAGUGUGUCCGGCGAGCUACGAGCCGUCCUGUUACAUGUUCGCGUGGAACAGUACGCAACAAAUUUCCGCCGGCGUCCGGGCGGCGAUCACGAAAGAAGACAUCAACGAAAUGCUGAAGGUCGGGGGCACGAAUCUCAAUUGCCGCAGGAACAUCGGGGUUCUUCCCGUAGCGCCAGGUUUGAAGGAGAUGCGCAGACAACUGUACGCUUGGGCGUUGAACGGGACCUACAAGUGCCACGCGCAGUACUUGAAGUCCAACUUGAACGAGGACAAUACCCCGAUAAGCACGUCGGGGGGCAUGUUCGAGUCGAUCCGCGCGAUCGGGAACGUCCCGCCGUUCACGGAGAUCCCGCUGUACACAAACACCUCGGCUCAUGAUUUGAACGAUCCAACACUGACCACCUGGAACGCGGCGGGCAGUUCGGAGCUCGACGAGGUUUCGAAGUGGUACGUGGGCGGAUGUGGGACGUUGGGCAGCUGUGUCGGGGUGUACAAGAAGGUGAUGCUGGUGUACGACCACACCGAGUAUUUCGGGUUAAAAGACUCUUCCUGCUGGACUCGCGAACAAGCCAUCCCGGUCGUCGCGGACCACAACACCCCGCACGACCUGCUGCUGAAGUGCGCCACUUCCUUGUACCACUUGCUCGCUCCGCGGUCCCUGGGUGCUUACGUGAAGUACCCGUUUGAACUACGCGACGCGGUUCUGAACGCCCAGGUCUUGUUCACCUGCGGCAACACGUAUCACGACCCUGUGAACGAUAUUACCCGGUCGUUUCCGUCCUUGUGCCCGGAGGGGGGCGCCUGUACCGUGAUGGGCGGGUCCGCCACGCACCAAACCCCGGCGGCCUUUGUCCACGUGAACGGGAUUUGCGGGCACCAGCCACACGCGACGAAUCUCCCGCAACUGCUGCAGUACGAGCACGGGGGGAUCAGCUACGGUGCGAGUUUGGCGUCAGAAAUCUGGAUUCGAACGAUUUUGGACAUUGCCAUCUCCCACAUCGACCCAGAAGGGUAUUACGCCGUGCAAAGGGCGGAGGCCAUCGCCAGUGGGAACAGGGUAUAUUAACUUGGAUUCAUGUAGUCGGAACACGAGGAAAAGAAGUAGAAGCUCAAGCUUGCUUAUUCCCUGUAUGCAAACUAUUGCUCACAAUGACAAUCAAAACAUAUGAACGCCGGCCUUAUCUUGUGUAUUCGUAUUGUUGACGAUGCCUGUGUUUAUUUCAGAUCCGGCGGAACAAAAUCAGUAAUCUUAUUUAAUCUUUUCAAACAAUUCUAUCUCAGGUCUACCGGCGCGAAUCUUGGAUGGACUGUCACACGGCCGCUUCUUACUACUUCGCGACGGGUGUCUCUCUUGUUCUCUGGAACGUGCGGACCUCCGAUGCGCACAACAGUAAAUCCCGCAUGGACUUACGAACCCAGGACCCGAAUCUGUGGUGCCUCGCACUGCGGUAUUUCGAUAUCAACUGCAAAAGUGUCUGGGUCUGGAAGAAUCCGAACUUGUGAUGCUGCAUUUGGAUUCCGAAAAAACCUGUAUUGCAUAAGCAGCAAAGGGAGUGCAAUUUUGGCUACGCGGAGAGGGCAUUUGUCAUGCGGAAUAGGCAUCGCGAAGCCCUCAAAAAGUCUGUGAUGCUAGGGCAUGCAUCACAGACAUCAUGGGCCAUGCAAAACGUGCAUGACAAAUCUCAGAACCUUCCAGACCCAGACAUUUUUGCUUUUCAUAUUCGAGUUUGACAACCAGUGGACGUCUUGCCCGAGCGGCCACGCGAGUGAGUUGCUGAAGACGAUCCAAUAUGCAAUGCAAAAGCAUCGUAGUAGUAUAAAUUGCAUUACAAAUUAGCCCAGCAUUACAAAUUGAAUUUGUAAUGCUGAUCUGCGUUGAGAGAGAGAUUUGUAAUGCAUAAAUGCAAUUACUACGAGUAUGUACGAUACUUUUGCAGAGCAUAUCCAAACGGAGGUCUCUUCGAACGCGGUGAAGGCCGUGGACUGCCAUACCGUCCUGAAUGUGCUGGGCGUGCGGCAAUUCGGCCCGCCGGGGGACCACGGGAUCGCGAUGGGGGGGUCGCAGAACUUAACCCACUUGAACCCUUUGUAUGUCAUGAACAUCACGGAAAACAACGGCACCGCAGCCCCCUGCAACCCGGAGUCCACGACGGAGAACCAGCGUUUAUCAAAUGCAAAAAUGUCUGGGUCUGGAAGAAUGCAUGUUUAUCAUGCUUGUCUGGCAUGACUCUUAAAUCUGUCAUGCACGUUACCCAAGAGCCCCACUUUUCUGUGAUGCAGAAACGCAGUUUGUCAUGCAGAAGAGGCAACACGUAGAAGCUCAGGAACAUGUCAUGCUGGGCCAGCAAUUGUGGCCUCAUCAUGAGACCCCACCCUGCAUCACAAGUUUCCAGACCCAGACAUUUUUACAUUUGAUAGCGUUCCGGGACCAACAACGUGAACAUCGAGUUCACGAUAUCCUGAGUAAAAACGUACCCACCCCAUAGUUGUAAUGCAAAUCUGCAUGCUGAAAAUGUUUCUCAUGCGGAGCCCCAUGAGAGGCAUUGUAUAGUCGUGCUUUGCAAUUUGUCAUGCUCCAAUCAGCAUGGUAUGCUAGAUCUGUGAUGCUCCUGAGCUAGCUCAAACAGCACUACAAUACGAGUCCAAAUUUGUCAUGCAAAACAGCCAAAACUUGUGGAUUUGUCUAGCCGAUUCCCCAUCUUGACUAUGGUGUGGGUACGUUUUUACUCAGGAUACACGAAACCGGUGAUGCCGACCCGGCUGCCCAAACAGUCCCCGCACGGGCACUGCUACUUGUACCAGACCCGGGGGUACAGUGGCACCUUCCCGGACAAAAAAUACGAGAUCUGCAAGCCGGAAGACAAGCACGACGCGCGGUUCGCGAUCCACGACCAGUACGGGGACGCGAACUACUAUGUGAAGGGUGUCCAGUAUCUGAUCGGCACCGAGGGUCCGACGGCGCAGGCGAAAUCAGCUUUAUUAGCCGCGGAGGGCAACGUCGGGUUUUACCACCGGGUGGUGUUUGAUCGCAACGCGACGGUGUACCCGGAACUGUACUUCGUCGGCUGUAGUGGUCCGAAAUUACGAUCUCUGUGCGGGUAUUAUUUGUUUUCCGGGGAAUUCACCCAAGGAGCGACCAUGUUCACCAUGAGCAGCACUGUCCCUGGGGAUCAGAAAGCAGUCGUGUACCGGCAAAUUCGCGGCUCUACCUUCAUCGAUUCGCUUUUCGGCGAGCGUUGGACCAUCGGGCCGGACCCGAAUACCGGGCUGCAAGCGAACUUCCUGGUCGAUCAGAACCUCGCGAACUACGCGAACAAUCUGAAGGCGUUCUACGGCGAGCAGACGACGUUUGUGAAAGUGCACAGACACACGUACGACUUGUACAAUCCGACCACCGGGACGAAAUUGACCGAGCAGGGGGUCUUCCUGGAAGUGGACCUUUUGAUGACCGGAUCGAAUUCGCAUUUCGUCUACCCCGACCAGCAGAUGGGGCCGUUUUCCUACAACCACGAAGUGCACGAAACGAGGAAGCAGAAGCUGGCGGACGUGUUUGGUGUGCCCGUGGCGCAAGUGUCUCCGCUGGACGGGUACAAGGGGAGGCUCGGCGCGGGAGAUGGGAAUAGUGCGAAUGGUGGGGGAAAAACACCGGUGUCCUACUACAUGACAAGUGUUGGCCUCCCGGAUUCCUACCACGGCAUGGUGAAGGAGCCGAUGGACGAACUGACGUGCAAUCAGGAGAUGCGGACGAACGUUUUGUGCCCGAUGCUCUGCACCAUGACCAACACGUCCAUCGUGAACAACCCGAACAACUGCACCUCGGUUUGCGAAAAGGAGUGCACGGGCGUCUACCCGGGGUUUGACAUGAAAAGAGGUCUAAAUUCCGCCGCAAGCAUGACGGCGAUGUUGGCGCAUUUGGGGAAAAUCAACUACAAGGCAAACCAGGACAUUGUCAGAAACUUGCUGGGGGAAGAGGCGUACACGACGAGUGUUAUCAACCACGGUAGCUUCGACUCUCCGUACUUGAAGCGGUACAGCGAGGAGCAUUUUGGGUUGUUCAAGAAGAUCUUCUAUCCUCUGCAAAAGUAUCGUACUCGUAUUGCAAGUCUUGCAUUACAAAUCUUUUUUUUAAAGGUAAAUCCGCAUUACAAAUUUUAUUUCUCAUGCUGAGGAAAUUUGUAAUGCAUUUAUACGAGUACGAUACUUUUGCAAUGCAUAUCUUCGCGAAUGAGAAAGAGGCGAGCGAUCUUCUGCAUCCUUACGUGGCCAAGAUGGACAAGAUCGAGGACGAUUUUUUGUCGGAAAAGGACCAGGAAUUUUUGGAAGAGAAGUACGGAACAAAGAAAGAUCAUGAUGCGAACAAGAUGAACAAAAACUCUAUCGACAAGAACAUGCUAAAAGCGGUGAAGGCCAGUCGACAGUCUUACAUGUUCAUGAAGAGGAUGAAGCAGAGGCUGUUCAAUCCGGAAUUUACGGAGUUGAUCGAGACAAAAACCAUCUGGACGAAGCCGCUGGACGAGAUCGACGCGAUGGAUUAUCCGGACGCAGGAGAUGCAAAUAGCCAACAGUUUUACUACGAAGAGCCAUCAAGUUCAUCUGUGGUUCCUCUGUCCAAAGUUUUCGGAACCAAAGUCACCUACCACGUGGACGAGAAAAAUUUAGAUGACAGCGAGCAGCUCGUUCCCGCGGAAAAGAGGUCUCUCCGGAAUAAAUCGGUGGAACUGAAAUCUAGCACGAAAACCCGGAAGCUGAUGACCAAUAGCAAACGACGCCAGUUGUCGCAUUUACCACUACCCUCCGCGAACAAACUCCGGUCCUACGACUGGAACGUCGACGCCUUGCACUUGAUCGAGGAGCUGACCUUAACCGAGUUGACCGGCUGGACGCAGCCCGAGCACAAUGCGAACACCUCGACGUUGAUUUACGAGGUGAACAAAAACCGGUGGCGCUUGUCCGUCGGCGAAGCGGAAUCGCUUUUCGAAGGGCAGUUAACCGCCGGGAAAUUCACGUUUGAGUGCACGACUGGUUCCAUGACGGAUCCGUGUUUGAGUGCGAAUUUAGACCACUGGGUUGCGUGCGACGCCAGUUACAUGUGCAACAUGGAGCCGGAGCCGAAGUGGAAGUUACCAGCAGCGUCCGAGCAGGACAUGUUCGCAAAGCAACUGGCGUAUGACAUGCAGCAUGAGGACAACAACGCUUGCCACUUGCAAGAACCGAACAACAAGUGCACGACGUUUUACAAGCCGGAGUACCACUUCAUCGAGAAAGCGCUAGUCCCCCCAAACGCAUCUCCCAGUGCGAAAGAGGCCGCGAAGUGCAACAAAGACACGAACGACCAGAAGAGAAGAGACUCGCAGCUGUACCCCAUCGUGACGAAGAACGAAAACGCGUGGAUGUUCCAAAUCGAGGACUGUGGCUUCCCGGGGGUUGACGGCUUGUACAUCUACGACCCGGGGAAGGUUUUCUACAUCGUGAAAUUAGUCAACGAAACGGCCGUAAAGACUUGGGACACCCCCGCAAACGUGGAUCAGACGGAAUCGAGUUUACAUUACUUUUCGAGGACAAACAUUCGCGCGCACGAAGCCGGUAGUCACUCUGGGUAUCAUAGUGGGAUCAUCCCCAACAGCAACGAAAGAGAUUCGGUGAACGGCAUGACCAGGAUCUACGAGCACAUCAACGGUACGGCGAUGAUCUACUACGAUGCGGUGAAGCACCAGUGGUUGAUUCUCGGGAACAUGACGGGGCAAAUUCAACCGUGGUCCCGGAAAUUCGGGUCUUUUGAGUCGUCCAAAAUUUCGACUCCCCCGUUUGACUUGCACCGGAACCGGCACGACCCCCCAACGACGCAGAUCUCAUCUUCGGGAACUAUUGUGACGAAUCAGGACCUGAAGACGAUCGGGUCCCUCGGGACCUGGACGUUCCGGCCCUCCAGCAAAACGGGCGCGGCGGGGGGGGAAGUGCUCCCCUAUCACACGGACAGCGCGACGAAGAACUACGGGUUUACGCCGAUGACGCACGAGCGGUUUGUGUUGAACGAUUUGAUCCCCGGGUACCAAUACAUGGGAGAAUUUCUCCAAGGUCACCCCGGCCUCCCGAUUCUCUUUUCCUGCAGCUCCAAAGUGGGGUACGCGGCUUUGUGCAACAGCAACUGGCGCGCGGAGCACCGGCAAACGGACGGACUGCCGCCGCCGAAGGUGAAGAUGUUCCUCGGGCCGCCCACGGUGGAGGGCGUGGACUACUGGCACCCGGCGACGCAGAGUGACACGACCUUUCCGAACAUUUUCACGAUUGAAUUACCCGACCACGAAAAAAUCUGCAAGGAGGUGGUGGACGAGAUCAACAGGGAGAUUGGAUUACCCAAUUCCCACGCUUCCCGGGAGGAUUUCAAGCACGUGGCCUUCAUGUCCUGCAUGUUCAACUACUUACCGGGGAAGUACGUGCGGACCGGAUACCCAGAACGGGACCAGAUUUUCGGGCAGGAGGACGGAACCACCCCAACGUGGCAGUUGGUCCAUCCGGGUUUGAAGGUGAACGGCUUGGAACCGUGGUUGUUGCAAGUCGACCCGACUUUGGUCACGGCCGACACGGCGUAUGUUCUCCGGCCGCCGAAGAUGUGCAACGCGACGCACCCGAACGGGUUGACGAACAACCACGUUUGUUCGAACUGCGAAAACCAGGACGCGUUCUUUUGCCAAACGGACCACGUGAGAACGCUGUGCACCAACAGCAGCAAUUGGCACGUCGCGACGGCCGCCGGUCAGCCGGGGGCGCAGCUGCCGUACGGGAUGGAAGACACGAGUUCGAUGACGAUGGCUCAGAUGUUUGCCGCGAAGCACCCUCUGAUGUCACCAAUGGGUGUUCCGAAAUCCAAGCCGAUUCUGAAAGAGGACCCGGACCCGGCGUAUUACGUUUAUUCCGGGAUUUGGGUGGAAUUCUACGGGGUGUACGUCGCGAUGAACCCGGUCUCGUCCUUCGGGAUGGUGGACGUGCUCAUGCGGGGGAACAAGGCGAUGACGGACCGGACGUGGUACAAAAAUGUCCCAGCAAGCGCGAUCAACGCGGACGGGUACACGAUUAACUGGAACCAGUACUGGACGAGCAUCUACGGGUCCACCGCCGACAGUAUGCCGGAACCCCCCGCGCCCACUUUGAGCCUGGUCGAGCAGUUCGGGGGGAAUGUGUUUGUGAAGGCGACCACGGACGUGAACCCGCAGCCGACGAUCAUGGUGUACAACCAAGCAAACCAGUUAUGGGAAUUGCGGUAUUUGUUUUCCGAGACGGACUGCUUUCACCCCGUGUCUGGUGUUCUGAUCGGGAGGUCGGAGGCGGUUUCCAGUGAUUACCAGCUGUGUUUGACGAACAAACACCCGAGUAAAAAAUUAUGCCGCUGCGUGUCCCGCAUGACCAAAGCGAGCGACCCGGUGUACAUCUGUUACUCCCCGCAGAAAGAGGUCGCGCCCUGCGGGUCCGGCUGGCAGGUCCCGGCACCGUGCGACACGAACGCGUUCCGGACGACGUUUGGCCAUUCUUGCGAAUACGCAAAACAGUCACCCCCUCGACUCGCGAAAGUGCAGGGGCCGCAGGUGACUCGCGGGACGUUCGUCGAAGCGGCCGGGGCCACGACGACCCCGCCGCCGACGACCACUGGGCUACCGCCGACCACAACCGAGAAUCCGAAAGUGGUUACGACUUACACGAACAACGUUGCGGUGUCCAUGCAGUUCGACUACUUGCAGAACGCGGAGGCACCCGCGGCCACGGCGCUGCGCAUCAUGAACGACAACGCCAUGAAAUCGGCUUUGGAGAAGGGGUUCGCGGCGUCUAUCGGGAUGAACGAGACCAGGGUGACGAUCACCUCGGUUUCUGUGCCCGGGACAGCAACGGACACGACAAGUUCAGACACGAGCACUUCCGAUGCUGGCACGACCGGUAGUACAACAUCGAGCACGAGCAACUCCACCAGACGUGAGCUUUUCACGGUCGACAUGACGAUUAAAUCCAGGAAGGCAGUGGAAGCGAUCAUUGCAAAGGAGAAAGAGCAGGCCCGUGCCGCAGCGGCGGCAAAGACACCAGCAUCAAGGCACCUCCAAGCCUCAACCAAAUUCGAACUGCAAAUCGACUACCGGAUUCUGAUCACAUCCACAGACCGCACAACCACAAUUGGAAAAGCGAAUUGCUUGCAGUUAACGACUGAGCAGUGCAACGAUUUGCUCAAAGAAGCCGUCGCCGCGGUCGACACGAACACGCUCACCACCCAGUUGAUCAUGGCGAUCAAUCUCUCCGGUUCGCAGCUAGCGAAGGACUUGUUGGUCCGGGAUGUGUAUCAAAUGUAAAAAUGUCUGGGUCUGGAAGAUUGCCAGGUUUGUCAUGCACAUUUUGCAUGACUCCUCAAGUCUGCGAUGCAUGCCCUAGCAUCACAGAUUUUUAGAGGGCUUCCUGAAGCCUAUUCCGCAUGACAAAUGCUCUUUCCGUGCUGCAAAAUUUGGACUCUCUUUGCUGCUCAUGCAAUACAGAUUUUUUUAGAAUCCAAAAUGAGCAUGACAAGUUGGACCCUUCCAGACCCAGACAUUUUUACAGUUGAUAAUGUGUUGUCCAAACCGACCAUGACCACCUCCAUGGACAGCUUCAUGACACUAUCAAAAGGAAAAAUCCCCCCUCCCCAUAUCGAAAAGGCACGCCUCAGAGAAUUUGCGAUGCUGAUUUGUGACCACAAAUAGCGUCUGUCUUGCAAGAAAGCAACGGCAUAGGCUUGGCUCCGUUAUGCAGUCGGUUUGUAAUGCUGUCGGGCGUACAGCAUAGACGUUCCCCAUGCUAAGUGCCUAGGCCAAAGCCUCUCUAUAUUGGCACGAUAUGGGCUUGGAGUCCUCUACUGCAAGACAAAUCUGAUUUGUGUACGCAAAUCCAGCAUCAGAAGUCUCGUUCUGCUAUGGGGAGGGGGAUUUUUCCUUUUGAUAGACGCAAACGGUCGACGAGAUCUUCGCGGCCAAAGUCCCGGUCCGGCCGGUUUCCAAGAUGCAGAUCGCGUGGCGAGUGACCAUCGUCAUGCGGUUUCUGGACUGCAUGAGCGAACUGGAGCUGAACGCGAGUCCGCAGCUGACGCAAGCGUUGAAGUUCUCGUUUCAGACCUCCUUGGACCGGAUCGCCAACGCCAAUCAGUACCAGGAGGUGCAGACCCAGGUGCACUGUUUGCUCUGCUCGACCAUCGGGUGCGGGUUUUUGACAAGAGAGCUGGAGGAAGGGAAGGACAGCGCGAAUGACAAAGCGGCUCUACCUUUACCGUCGCAGUCCAGCAUGACAAAAUCCAGAAGUCUCCAGGAGUCGCAGCAAUCCCGGCACAUCCACGUGGACGUGUUGCUCGUGUACCGGUCGGCCACCUCGGCUUUCGCCGCCUCUGCGGCGUUGGAGUCGACUCUGACGGAAUUCGCGCAGUACCUGCACGAGGAUUUGGCAGUGCAGCUUCCCGCGGGGAUCUACACCGUGGAAAAUGUGGAAUCCGUCGGGCCGCCGCAACUCGGGGGCGGGGUGGUCGGCGAGUGGACGGUGAACUCCGCUCCGUCCGGAAAAUUUGCUGGCGUGUCGGGCUCCUUCGGGUCCUUUGCUCUCGUCGGCAUGAUGGUGUUGUGGGUGGCGGUGCGCGAAAUGCUGUUGUGAGUGGAGGAAAAGCGUGGGUGAAUCGACGACGAGAGGAAAUACGCUUGUUGUUCAACACCAGAUGAACUUUUUUUGCAUGAUCACUUUUUUCACAAGGUUUAUGGCAAUUCUUUGUAUGAUUUUUGAAAUUCAUCUUCACUAUACACAAAUUUAAACCAGUUUGGCAGUGUUUCUGAAUGUUUUGUACAGUAAGUUUGGCCUGAAAAUGGCUGUUGUGCAUGGGAUUUCAUUGCACGAUGAUUCUUGUUUUUUUGGCCGUAAGUAACUAAGAAAUACACGAAGCAAAAUCAUAGUCCGAACCAUGUAUUCACGGAAUAAAGCAACCAUAGACAGCAUACAAAAGCAGUAUCUUCAGUACUACAACACUCUUCUUGAUUAAACUCUGAAAGCAAGCCGGUAAGCAGCGAAGCAGGCUGAGAAAGCAGGAGCUAGCAACACUCUUCUUGAUUAAACUUAUGAAAGCAAAAAGACACAACCAGAACAUCUUUAUUUUUU